UAAUUUUUUGAAAGAAAUGGCGAAUUCUCCAAACAGAAAGUAUGUAAUUACGAGUCUGAGCACUAAUCUUAUGGUCAAAACAUGUUUUGAUUUAUUAUCCCAAUCGAGGAUGAUUUGAAAGUAUGACAUGGAAAGCCCCUCUACAGCUGUGUGCAUCCAUUUUUGUUGGUGCUGGCUUCAUGACAUGGGAAAUUGUCCAUAAUAUUGAAAGUUUCCUUACAAGAGAAGAUGGUAGAAUCAAGAGAGGCUUCGAUUUGACUACUGAUGAAAUUGCAGAUAGUAGUCAUGAUUUAGCUGAAUGUUUACAAGUACCUUGGCUGGAUGAAGCUUGGAAAUAUACAAAUACAGAAGAUUGGCAAAAGACAUUGUGGGCCAUUUUGCCAAGCAGCUUGAUACUGCAAUUCUCCAAAGCCCUGUCAUCUCCCUUGGCCCUACGUUUGUCAGUCCCUCAGAAGUUCCUUGCUUUUCUCCAGGAGUUUGAUAAUGAUGAUGUCAGGAUACUUGGAACACAAGUGUUGGCUUCACUUAAGAUUUAUGAUGAUGCGGAAAUUCAGGAGCUGAAUGAACUUGUGGCAUCUUGUGAUAACAGGAUUUUGAUCGGUUUAGCUAGGUUACCUGGACUCGAUACCAGGCUUCUUGGUGUGCACCGAACAGAAUUGAAGGCUGAUGGGCCAUCUGAGUCAAUCGAGAGUGACUUAAAAGCCUUACUCCUUAAGUUACCUCUUACUGGCCUGGAUCCUUGUACAACUUGGUUUACCCGAAAUGCAAUGCUGACUGGCAAAUCAGCGAGCCAACAUCGCAGGCCAGUCUUUUGGAGUUUCAGUGGAGAAAGUCUCUCAUUUGCUCACAGUCUGAGUUCCAUGCCAGCAGAACAGGUGGAACUGUACUACCUCAAAGCUCUAAACAGGCACUCUAUGGUUCCCAGUCAUCGAUCUCUAAUGGUGGAGAAUGGGGUUUUGGAUGUGAUAUUUCGUGAGAUCAAAAAUCGAUUCCACAGCCUCAGAAUCAAACGUGAAAUUGGCCUCUUGCUUGGGAAUCUGGCUUUAGAGGAAAGUGCCCAUGAGAGUAUGGUGGAACAAGGGUUCUUACCACUUUUACGUUCUUGGCUGAAUUCUGAUGACUUGGCUUUGUUCAGUCAUGCUGUCCGAACACUGGCCAAUCUUGACAGAGACUUCUGCAAAGAUGAGACGUACGAGGACGGAGUUUACUUACUACAUCCCAAGGGACGGCACUCUUCCAGUAUCGAUGCCGAUGUGGUAUUCGUUCACGGCCUCCGUGGUGGUCCUUUCAUGACCUGGCGACAACAAGAAGAGAAAGAUGUCAAGAAUUCUGGUACGGACUGUUGGCCUAAGUCCUGGUUGGUUGGAGAUAUUCCCAAUGUACGGGUCCUUAUGCUUGAAUAUGAUACGUCACUGUCUCAUUGGGUAGCUCAAUGUCCCCAGAAACCUGAAACUCAGUCCUUGUUAUAUCGGAGUGAAGAGAUAAGACGGAAGCUGCGCAAGGCAGGAGUCGGCAAGCGACCAGUUAUAUGGAUCGUUCAUUCAAUGGGAGGAUUACUCGUGAAGCAACUUUUGUUGGAUGCAGAGAAAAACGACGAAUUUCGGUGCAUGUGCGACAACACAAAGGGAAUCGUGUUUUACAGCACUCCUCACCUAGGUUCUGCUUUGGCAUCAUACUCAACUCAGGCCAGUCAUCUUCUCCUUCCCUCAGUUGAAGUAAAAGAGCUAUGCCAGAAAUCACCCUUCUUGGCCACUCUUCAUGAAAGUUUUCUCUCCUUGGUCCAACGACAUCCAAUCAAGUUACUAAGCUUUGGAGAGACCAUGCCAGUGAAGUUGUCAUGGAUGUUCCAAACGAUACUUGUUACUAACGACUCUGCAGAUUUAGGUGUCGGUGAAUUUUUACCACUUGAUGUGGACCACGUCGAUAUCUGCAAACCCAGCAGCAAGAUUGACGAAAGAUACACGAAGACCGCCCAAUUUAUAAAGAGUCUGAUUACAAAAUAACUGUAUUUUAGGACUCAAUGAGCGUAUUUCUAACAAAUCGCUUUUGAUCUUUAGCAAAGUGUUACUACGCAUACUUCUUAAAUAUUGUCAAUUGCGAGCCAAGAACUUAAGGAUGUUGAAAGUAAAAUUAAGAUUAGCAAAGUGUGUCAAUAUUCGAUGUCGUGUGUGUACGUUUGAUGAUUUGAAAUAUAUGUGAUUUUGUUCAAGCAGUACCUAGGCCUGAUAUUAAAUUUGAUAUCACAGUAGUUGAAUCAUUUUGGGCAGAAAUUGAUGCUGGCAAAGGUAAAAAGAAGAUUAUAAUAGGCUGUAUCUACAAGCAUAGUAAUUU